AUGGAUAGUCUACCCAAGGAUCCUAUAUUGGUCUUUCCUCCUGACACCUUGAAAGUUGUUAGAAAAGAGUAUGACUUGGAUAAACCAGGUGCCAUAGACAGAGCAAUCGAUAUUCUGGAGUUAUGGCUGAAGAAACAGGAUCAUUUCACCAAGAAAGAUUUUAGUCGUGGCUAUCUGGAAAGAAGCAUCAUAAGGGCAAAGGGCUCUGUAGAAAGGUGUAAGGAGCGCCUAGACAAAAUAUGCACGGCGAGAGUAUUGAUGCCCGAACUUUACACCUUUCGGGACGUCAGGGAGUUCGCUGAAUUAGACGAACAAACAACUGAUGCUAUUUUACCAAGACUCACAAAUGACUAUUACAGAGUGUACAUUUUACAAAAUUACGCUCAAACUUUCAAAAGAGAACGGUUUACCGAAUUUUACAUACGUGCGGGUUAUUAUUUGGAAUACUUUUCCGCUUUUGACUACGCAAACGGAGCCGUAGUCGUUUUCGAUUAUAGAAAUUUAAAUAUUUUCGAAUUUAUAAAAUAUCUGGACUUGGUUCAAACAGCACAGCUCCUCAAUCUGGCAUUGAAUGGCUACGGUAUAAGAGUGAAAGAAAUCCAUUUAAUAUCAGCAUCUAGAUUCGUGAAUCUCUUAGUAUCAACGUUCAAACAAAUUAUAUCUGAGAAACUUGCUAAUCGUAUACACGUUCACGCCGAGGCGGACGCUCUUCUCCAGUACAUUGACAAGGAUAUCCUGCCUGUAGAAUAUGGAGGUAGCGAGGUAUCCAUGAAAGAACUCCACAAAAAAUGGGUAGAUGUAUUAAGCACUGAAGACUUCAUGGGGCUCAUAAAGGAAACUUACAGAGCCAAAAUCAAUGAAGCCCUUAGACCAGUUAACAAACUCAACGAUGAAUAUUCAGGAAUGGCCGGAACCUUCCGCGGUUUAAGCGUAGAUUGA